GUGGCCAUCACACGUUGAUUCUUCUCGACCAAUCACAAAGACAUCGGCACCCUUUAUCUAGUAUUUGGUGCUUGAGCCGGAAUAGUAGGCACCGCCCUAAGCUUGCUUAUCCGAGCCGAAUUAAGCCAACCCGGGGCACUCCUUGGGGACGACCAGAUUUAUAACGUAAUCGUUACAGCCCAUGCCUUCGUAAUGAUUUUCUUUAUAGUAAUACCAAUCAUGAUUGGGGGUUUCGGAAACUGACUAGUACCUCUCAUGAUCGGCGCCCCCGACAUGGCAUUUCCUCGAAUAAACAACAUGAGCUUUUGACUGCUCCCCCCUUCCUUUCUUUUACUCCUUGCUUCCUCGGGAGUAGAGGCAGGGGCUGGAACCGGGUGAACGGUUUAUCCCCCCUUAGCUGGGAAUUUAGCACACGCCGGGGCAUCCGUUGAUUUAACAAUUUUUUCUCUACACCUAGCCGGGAUUUCUUCGAUUCUGGGGGCCAUUAAUUUUAUUACAACCAUCAUCAACAUGAAACCCCCAGCCAUCUCCCAAUACCAAACACCUUUAUUUGUAUGGGCUGUACUAAUUACUGCUGUCCUCCUUCUCCUUUCCCUUCCCGUGCUUGCCGCAGGUAUUACUAUGCUCCUAACAGACCGUAACUUAAACACCACCUUCUUUGACCCCGCAGGAGGAGGAGACCCCAUUCUUUACCAACACCUGUUCUGGUUCUUUGGACAUCCAGAGGUCUACAUUCUUAUUCUACCCGGCUUUGGAAUGAUUUCCCACAUUGUUGCCUACUACGCAGGCAAGAAAGAGCCUUUCGGCUACAUGGGCAUGGUCUGAGCCAUGAUGGCCAUUGGUUUACUAGGCUUUAUUGUAUGGGCCCACCAUAUGUUUACAGUUGGAAUAGACGUGGACACGCGGGCCUACUUUACAUCGGCAACUAUAAUUAUUGCCAUUCCUACAGGGGUUAAAGUCUUUAGCUGGCUUGCAACCCUUCACGGGGGUUCAAUUAAGUGGGAAACCCCACUUCUAUGGGCCCUGGGCUUCAUUUUUCUCUUUACAGUGGGAGGACUAACUGGAAUUGUACUAGCCAACUCCUCACUAGACAUUGUUCUCCACGACACCUACUAUGUAGUAGCUCACUUCCACUAUGUUUUAUCAAUGGGCGCUGUAUUUGCUAUUGUCGCCGCCUUUGUCCACUGAUUCCCGUUGUUUUCAGGUUAUACCCUACAUAGCACUUGAACAAAAAUCCACUUCGGCAUUAUAUUUACAGGGGUCAACCUAACAUUCUUCCCUCAACACUUUCUUGGGCUCGCCGGUAUGCCUCGGCGAUACUCGGACUACCCGGACGCCUAUACUCUUUGGAAUACAGUUUCAUCAAUUGGAUCCCUUAUCUCAUUAGUCGCAGUUAUUAUGUUCUUAUUUAUCAUUUGAGAAGCCUUUGCCGCCAAACGUGAAGUGCUUGCAGUUGAACUAACCGCAACCAACGUUGAGUGACUACACGGCUGCCCUCCCCCUUACCACACAUUUGAAGAGCCUGCAUUUGUUCAAGUUCAGUCCAACUAA